UGGAACUAGCCUCGGCUUCCUGCUGCGCCGUCAGAAGUACUGCUGCCGGAUUAACUCCACACCAAAACCCCCCCAACAGACUUUUGUUUACGGAUGGUACAUUUUUCCGUGGAGCUUCUACUCAACAGUCACUGUUUCGGUUGUCAGAAAGAACGCGAAGCUCCUCGUUUCCGCCACACGAUCAUGCUGAGUCCCGAGGAGAGUUCCCGGUUAGUUGGGUCCAGGCUUCACUGCUCCAGCCCUUGGGCCCCGGGGCCUCUGUGGUGCUCCGAUGCCCCUCACCCACAGCUGAAGAUCCCGGGUGGGCGAGGGACUGUCAGGGAUCACUCUCUCGGAGUGUUGCUUCACAAGGAUCAGAGGUUGUCGGUGACUCAGAUCGCUUCAGUUGGUGGGAAUCCUCCUCUCCUGCGUUUCAACUACCAGCUCAAUGAGCAUCGCUCAGCAUGCUGGGAUACAGCCCUGUCAGCUGAUGGCCUCUUCCUGGAGAUCCCCGCCGGGCCGCUGAUGGAGGGAAGCAAAGAGGGGCUCACUGCUCUCUUGGAGUUCGCUGAGGAGAAGCUGAAAGUCGACUACGUGUUUCUCUGGUUUGAUAAAAACAGAGAGGAUCGACUGUCCAUCAUCAGGACUUUCCACUACAUGGGCUUCGAGGUGGUAAAGCCAGGGAACCCUCUGGUCCCGGCCCGGCCCGAUCUGGUCUUCAUGGUCUAUUCUCUGGACAACAGCAGCUCUGAUGAGGAGUGAACCCCCCCCCCCCCCAAAAAAAACAAAGAAAUAUCUCAACCCACCUCCACCUGCAUCCCAGCACCUCCUCCUGCCCCCUUUUUCAGGUGAUGGACACAAAGUUGCCCUUCCCUGACUCUCCAGUCCAUACUGGGAGCUCUCUCUCUUUUUCUGUCGGACCCCUGAUUAAACAAAGGGGUAUUUGUGUGGGUGGGGGGCAAUUGCAUCUCCACGGCGAGGCGGCCACUCCCGUCGGAUAUGUGUGUUUGUGUGUGUGUGUCUCCUUCCUGUUGGCGUUGUGUUCCUCAGAAACACGACUGUUUUCUUGUUCUGCAGGCGUUUUUUUUUUUUACCUUCACCUCCUCUCCACCUGUCACAGAGAGACUUUGUUAAAUGAUGAACCUCUGACACAAAGAGGAGUCUAAUGGGGAAUCCUUAAGGGAUAUUAUCACAAGUUUGGUCAUGAAGAUUGUUCACUGUUUUGUGCUUCAUAACAGAAUUGGGUGAAAGGCUGAUCUGUUGCUGUUAUGUAAAAGUGUGUGUUUUUUUUGGGGUCAAUAUUCUGCUGUUGUUGAAAGUGAUCAAAGCCAUCAUUCCAUCACGCGCCGCUCCCUGGAUGUUUCAGCCCCCAGCUCGUUUUCUUCACCUCUUUUUCCUUUUUGCUUAAAAUGAUGUAGUUUGUGUGACCCACGAGAUUUGAUAAUGUGACAAAAUCCUGAAAAGUCCAAAUGAAGUUCCAGUUCUCAAGUUGAAUGUCUCAGCUCUUCUUGGCUUAAACCAGUAGGUCUUCCUCAGGUCCUGAUUUACCGGCAGUCCUGCUGGUUUUCUGUGAGAACGGGUGGAUCAUUCCCCAUUCACCUGUUGUUAUUCCGCCUCCAGCCGGGGAGGUUUCACACCUGAACCACAGCUGAAUGGAAUGACCCACCUGUUCUAAUAGAAAACCAGCAGGACUGCCGGUACAUGAGGACCUGACGAAGCCAGUGGUCCUCAAACACAUCUGGACCAUGUGUUGGCCAGGUCUGAUCAUUCGGGGCUGUUGACAGGAGGAUAAAUAACUUUUUACAUGCUGUUUCUCAUCCCACUUCAGUUAGCGGGGAGUUGAGAGUUUGGUUCACUUCUAGAUACUGUAGUGGAGGUGUUCUGGUUUAGGAGAAGUGUGCCAGCUCCACCAACCCACCAGGACGACUUCACAGAUGUUCAGCAGAAAUCAUCUUUUAGCUUCAUCCCUUAUAUUUCUGCCCUCUAAACUAGACUGGGAGGUGGAAAAGGGGCUUUUGUGCCUAAGAAGAGAAGAGUGCAAUGUUGUUUUACUGCAGUCUUACAGGGGAAGGUGUCAUCUGAUCACGUUCUUCUACAUGGAAACACAGGAACGCCCACACAGACGCAUUAAAAGCACUUCACUUGUUUGUCUGCAGACGGCUCAGAGCGCCAGAUAAUCCUGCACAGAUUGGAUUUUGCCAGCAGCAUUUGUUGUAUCAUUUUUUGGGAAUUUAAACAAGCCGCCAAAGAGAUCUGUGUGUAUUAACAUCCCGUUGCUUCAAGCCACCCUGACGUUUUCUGAAACUUAACCGUCUUGAAGUCUGAGCAUCUUGAACCAGUAGGGUUUGAAGAGCAAUAUGAAUUUACAUUCCCCAGGCCGAGCAUACACACGGGUCGCCGUGGGCCGGACCGGAGCCGUCAGGGUGUUGGUUCUGUAGUUUGCAUGUGUUGAUGAUGAAUCUGUUGCUACUGAUUGAGCCGUGACUAUAAGCUGUCAGGAAAUUCCAAGUUAUUAAUCUUUUCAGAGAUAUAUUUUUAUGUAUAUUACAUUUUUUUGUGAUAGCUUAGGGUUUUUUUGUUUACAGUGAUGUAGUUAAGCAACCGUUUAAUAAUCCACUGGUUUGUAAAACUCUGGAAAUGUGUCUCGGGUGGGGGGCAGAAAUAAAAGUUAAGACAUC